GACAUAAUCCUAAUAAAAUCCCCAACAAUACCCCCCACCCACGUCCAUCCAGCUCAGCGGGUCACCAUUCUAAACCCGACACGUUCUUUCAAAAUCAACCAUUACUUUUUUUCCCCCAAAAUCAAACCCCUACAAAUACUUAAAAAAUCAAAAAACAAAUUCCAUUUCCCUACUGCAACUCACCGUUAUUCCAUUCAUUUACUGCUUAAACCCACUUGCGUCUUGGUUUCAGAUCUUUUGCUCGUCUUUGUUUGUCAAUAUUAAACAAAGAUAUCUUGUGGUUAGCUAGCUAGCUAGAGUAUUGUGAAGAGGUGAUGAAGAUUCAGUGUAACGUAUGUGAGGUUGCGGAGGCGAAUGUUUUGUGCUGUGCAGAUGAGGCAGCGCUGUGUUGGUCAUGUGAUGAGAAAGUUCAUGCUGCUAAUAAGUUAGCUAGUAAACAUCAGAGAGUUCCUUUAUCUGCUUCUUCUUCAUCUAUGCCCAUGUGUGACAUCUGCCAGGAAACAGUUGGCUAUUUCUUUUGUCUCGAGGAUCGGGCUUUACUUUGCCCAAAAUGUGAUAUUGCUAUUCACACAGCUAAUCCUCAUGUCGCAGUUCACCAAAGAUUUUUGCUGACUGGAGUGAAAGUAGGACUUGAACCUGUAGAUCCUGGUGGUGCGUCAUCCGCAGGGACAUCGCAGUCCAUUCAGAAGGUUUCUGAGCCAGAAUCUGCUUCACUUUUUAAACGAAAUGCCCCAGUAUCAUUGGAUGCUCAAAUUAACAAAGUUUUACCUCCCCAGGCUAGUGGGGUUGGGGAUUUUGCUCCUACUAAGUCUCCCUUUUCUGGAGGUUCUGAAGCUGGAAGUAUGCCGCAAUGGCAGUUUGAUGAAUUUAUUGGUCUGAAUGAUUUCAAUCAUAACUAUGGAUACAUGGACAAUGGAACAUCUAAGGGGAUAAUGGCAAGCUUGGAGAGUCAGACUCUUCCUCACUCUUAAGAGUUGACGAUGAAGAACUAGACGGUGAUGAGUGCUUGGGUCAAGUACCGGACACAUCUUGGGCAGUGCCACAAGUUCCUUCCCCACCUACGGCCUCUGGACUUUACUGGCCCAAAACUUACCAGAAUCCAUUCGACUGUGCAGUAUUUGUGCCUGACAUUAGUUACUCCCCCUCAUCGAACUUUCAACAGCAACCUCCAAGUGGUGCUCGUCUGAAAAGAAGAAGGCAGUCUUAAUGCAUUUACUUUAAGCUUCUCACUCACGUUAGUGAUAGGUAUUUCAGAUCCCUAAGCUUUUCACUCGCGUUAGUGAUGGGUGUUUAGAUAGAGCGGUGUGUGAUAGUUGAAGUUUGAGUUGAAGUUAUGUGAGCAAUGACUAAUGUGUGUAUCUCACUUUAAUGCCAAAAAUAUAUCAAUGCCCAGAAGUUGUACAAGAAAUUAAGAUGUGUAAACUGAAUUGCUUCAUUUUGGAACCAGAGAGAAAUGACUAUUGUAUCAUCUUAUUUUA